CUCCUCUAGAGUAUUAAAGCUUUUUCAACCUCUAAUCUACGAAACCGACUAAAAGCCAUUCGAACUCGAGCCAAAUUUUCUAAUUUAAACUAAAAACCAGGGUUUUAGGGUUUAUGCAGAAAAAACGGAGCUCUGGAAAGAGACAGUUCUCAAUUGAGGCCCUUUCUAUUGGAAAAGCCAUGGCUUUUCGGCCAAUUCCUGGCCCAGGUUCUGGAUCCGGAUCGAGCUCAAGUUUCCAGUUCUUCAAUUCCCCUUUCGGUGAUACCACCUACACCAAGGUUUUCGUUGGGGGGCUGGCAUGGGAGACACAAAGUGAGAUGCUGCGCCGGCACUUUGAGCAGUUUGGUGAUAUCUUUGAGGCGGUCGUCAUCUCCGAUAAGAACACCGGGCGGUCGAAAGGCUAUGGUUUUGUGACUUUCCGCGAUCCUGAAUCGGCAAGGAGAGCGUGUGCUGAUCCGAGUCCGGUUAUUGACGGUAGACGGACAAAUUGUAAUUUGGCUUCUCUUGGGCGGCCUCGGCCCUUUCUGCCUUAUGGGCGCCCAAGGUCAGCAGGCCCCUACUUUGGAGGUGUGCAAGAACCCCGAGGAGCUUAUGUCAGAAGUCCCGCUUAUCACCAACCAGUUUCUUAUAGCUACCAACAAGGAUAUGCAUAUCCUCCAUAUGGGUACACGACAUCUGGGCCCGAAUAUGUGUAUCCACAGAAUGUCUAUGGUCCGUAUAUGGGGCAGCAAUAUAUUCAGAUAUAUGGUGUACCGGGAACAGUGAACACGGCCGUUUACCCAUUUGGGCAGUUCGGCAGUCAGCCCCUUCCCACCGGGCAUGGGUAUACGGCAGUUCAGGGUUAUGCAAUGCCCAGUCAUCACAUCCUCCGAUUCAGCGGGCCAAAUGUCAAUGGAGAAACUGCACCUGCAAUUCAGGCGCAAUAUCCUACAGGUGUGGCAGCAUCCAUUCCAGCACGGCCACAGUUCAUUGUACCUGCUAAUUCUCCACAGGUCACUCAGGGCAGUGGUUCGGACCAAACAGCAUGUUGAGGGGAACAUGUAGAUGAAUAGUAUCUUGAGGUAUCCUUAGAUUGCAGCAGGACUAAGAACAUCAGGCUGCUACUUAGUGGCGGGCUUUGAGUCUAGCCUUGCAUGUUAUCAUCUUUGCAUUCUAGAGGUCAUCAGUAGUCAUGCUCACCAGAGACCUGAAAGUCAAAAUGUCAAGUUGCUCCACAAGUUGGAGUCGGAGAAAGCAGAAGAGUGCUUGUGUGUCGCCGUUUGUACAGCUAUCAUCUGUCUGUAAAUCAAUUCACUACUGGAUCAUGUCCCGAUUGAGAGCAUGGGCUGAAGGAUGCCAGAUUGAAGGAUCCGGCAACCUAUAAGAAUUACACACACACACACACACACACACACACACACACACACCAAAAAUCCAAAUGUAGAAUCCAAAACCGAUUCUUUUAUAGUGUCCACUCCUGGAUUGAUUGUAUAGUGUCCUCGUCAUUUGUGUGGUUUCUGGGACGGGUCUUGUGGAUAUAAGUCGAUUUUUGGCUGCAUCUGUUUAUAAUUUAUAUAGACAUGGCCGUUCUAUGGUAGUAUUAAAUGACAGGGAUUAGGAAAUUUUAAUUUCCUGUAAUUAAAUAAGGGUGGAUGAUUUUAUUGACUC